UGAUGUCAACAAAGUGUUGUGAAUUUUGUCAACAAUUUUUGUAAUGUAAACUUUAUUGAUUGUCAUGAUAAAUCUUGCAAGCUGAAGAUUUUGGACUUUAACCCGAGUUCUUGGACUGUAAUAACAACUGCACAAUGUCACAGACACAUAGAAAAGCCGUCCUAAACUUAUAUAAAACGCUAUUAUUUUUAGGGAGAGAUUGGCCCCAGGGUUAUGAUCUAUUUAGAAAGCGUUUAAACAAAGUAUUUGUAAGGAAUAGUGAAGAAUCCGAUCCGAACAAGAUUGCGUUGAUGGUUAAACAUGGUCAAUUUGUUAUUAAGGAGAUUGAAGCACUUUAUAAGCUUAAAAAAUACAGGGCUAUGAAACGCAGAUACUAUGAUGAUAAUUAACAUGUAAUUAAUGGUAUGUAGAGAGCUAAUGUAUUUGUUACUUAAUAUUUUUAGCAAUUUAAUUGCAUCAUAUGAACAUUAAAUGGUACAUGAUAGGUGAGACGAUUCAAUGUUAUAAUAUAUGUAUAUUUAACUAAUGUACUAUGGAUACUAGAAUUAUUUGAGUCUUUCAAAUUUUAAACUGUUCCUGAAAUUUAAACACUAAAAUAUGUCUAAAAUAAAUAACAGAAUGAGCUAGAGAUAUUUUAAUAUAAGCUUAUAGUUUGGAAAUAUUACCUUUUAUAAUAGCAUUAAAGUAAUCAAGUUGAUAAUUUCAUUGAAAUAUUACAUUACUAGCAAGUAUUUAUAUAACUCUGUGAAUAUGUUUUCUAUUAAAUAAAACUAUAAAAUCUAUGUCAUCUGGUAUUAUAUUUG